AUGGGACAUACCAGCCUUCUCGAACCCAUCACUCUUAACCCCUUUCACCACACCCAACUUCAGACCCCUCAUUGUCCCCGCACACAGGCGGGGCAAAACUCCGCUCCCAACCAACCUGGCUAUACAUUCUGGUAAGACCAGGAUCAACUGACUCAGACCGCACACCUGCAGCUUACGCUCUCGUCCACUCUUAGCACCACACCACACAACCCUUCCCGUAAACUCCCCUACCCCCCCCACCACACCGCUACCCUACACCCAUCCACCCGCCUGGUCUCCCUGCACGCCGACUAGGGGCACCGCGUCCCGACAGGGAACGCAAGGAAGGAAGAUCCAUGGCGCCCUCGCUGAAGUGUGUCUCUAUCAAUUGCAAGGGCCUCAAUAACCCAAUAAAGCGCCACCAAACCAUGCGCUGGGCGAAUAGAACCCAAGCGCAAAUUAUCCUCUUACAAGAAACCCACUUUCAACAAAACAGAGCAUUCCCACUAAUAAACCGACACUUCAAUAGAUACUUCCUAGCCAACUCACCAACAGGCAAGCAAAACGGAGUUGCGAUAUUAAUCCAUAAAGCAUGCCCCCUCACAGUGGAAAAAGUCGACGCGGACCCACAGGGACGAUACGUCACAGCAGCUGGGAGGAUAGGCGAUCAAAAAUAUGCUUUCUCCUCGAUUUACGCCCCUAAUACACCUUCCGCCUCCUUUUGGCAAGCACUACAAACACACCUAGCACUGUUUUCCUCACACCACCUGAUUGUAGGAGGUGACUGCAACGCCACUCCAUCCCCGACGAUGGACAGGCAUAGAGCGGGUAAACAAAAAGAACCUAGCGGUCAUUCAGCGAAAACCGACAAAAUCCUCCAAUCCUUCCUCGUGAGAACUCGCCUGGUAGACGCCUGGAGAGCCCAACAUCCAACCUCUAAGGACUACACAUUCUACUCACACCCACACCAAUCCCACUCGAGAAUAGAUAUGUUUCUUAUAUCCCCAUCCGUAGUACCUAUGCUCAAAUCCACAUCUAUUGGAUCAAUCACGUGGUCGGACCACGCAGAUAUUUCCCUCACUCUUGACCCACCAGGCGUACCUCGCCAAUGGUCCUGGCGCCUGAAUCCCACACUAUUACAUAACCCUGCAAUCCGAGAUUCGAUCUCCCGGGCCAUCACAGAGUAUUUCUCCCUAAACAAACAACCCGUCACCUCCCCGGGUAUACUAUGGGCGGCACAUAAAACAGUUAUCAGAGGCACCUUGAUAAGCCAGGCAGCCCACCACAAGAAAAAGCGCCUAGCCAAUUUAGAACGAAACCUAAAGGAACUCCGCUUACUGGAAAUCGCAUUCAAAAAACAACCCACGCCAGACCUGAACACUAAAAUACAACAACACCAGGCAGCAAUAAAAAACUUCAUGUCAGCGGACACAGCCAAGGCCCUCCAAUGGACCCGCCAGCUCUUCUAUGAAAAGUCUAAUAAAGCCGACUCCUUGCUUGCCCGUAAACUCAACCGCAGAGCAACGCACAAAAAAAUCACCAAAAUCCACUCAAGAGACGGGACACCUCAGGAGUCACCAGACCAAAUAGCAAAAGUAUUCCAAGAAUACUUUUCGGAGCUAUACGACCACAGCCCCCAACACAGACAGAAUCCCACUCCACUCGCGAACAUGAUCAAUGAAUACCUUGACUCCCUCACCCUUCCCUCACUGACGCCCGGCGAAGCUAGCCGACUCUCAGAAACAAUCACACCUGAAGAAAUAGCGAACGCCUUCAAAACGCUGAAACCUAAUAAGUGCCCGGGCCCAGAUGGAUUCUCGGGACUAUACUAUAAAACCUUCGCAGCAGCUCUAAUCCCGCAACUCAGUGACCUCUUUAACGCACUGCUACAGGGGGACCCCCUUCCCCCUGACAUGCUACAGGCGAACAUAUGCCUCAUACCGAAACCCGGCAAAUCUCAUCUGGACCCCGGACACUAUAGACCAAUUUCCCUGCUUAAUGUAGACAUUAAAAUAUUCACGAAAGUCAUGACGGAAAGACUCAACCCACUCCUGCCCCGACUUAUCCACCCAGACCAAGUGGGAUUUAUCCCAACAGACAGGCCAGCGAUAACACUAGACGCACCUUCGACCUCAUCUGGUACGCUGACCACAGACGCAUCCCGACCCUGAUCCUCUCCCUUGACGCUGAAAAAGCUUUCGACAGACUGCUCUGGCCAUUCCUAUUUGCAACGUUACAGAAAUUCGGUUUUCCAACACCCUUCACCAACGCACUGAAAACUCUAUACUCGACCCCCACAGCCACCCUCCUCCUGAACUCGACUACAUCCCCCUCCUUUCAAAUUAAGAAUGGGACACGUCAGGGAUGCCCACUCUCACCAAUAAUGUUUGCCAUAUCCCUAGAACCACUACUCCAAGUCCUCCGAAGCCAAAAUGACAUACAAGGAAUCCGAGUCAGGAAUGAAACCUAUAAGAUCGCUGCAUAUGCAGACGAUAUACUUCUCACAAUUACGGAUCCGCUAAACUCUCUCCCACACUUGUUUCGAGAAAUAACGAAAUACGCAAACAUCUCCGGGUACAAAAUAAAUAUGGAAAAGACGGAAGCCCUCCCGAUUCGAAUAGAACACCCCACCCUCCGCACUCUCCGAGCACGCCACCCGUUCACAUACCAACCAAAUGCCAUCAAAUACCUGGGUACCAUUCUCCCAGCGGACCUCACACAAACCUACAACCUAAACUACACGCCCCUAUUAGAAACGGCCACACAAGAUCUAGACAAAUGGAAGGAUUUAUCAAUCUCCUGGAUAGGCAGACUGACCUCCAUAAAAAUGAACCUUCUCCCAAGAUUUUUAUACCUUUUCCAAACCCUCCCAAUCCCGAUCACUACCUCCGACUUCAAAAAACUGCAAACCAAAAUAGACAAAUUCAUAUGGGCUGGAAGAAGAGCAAGGAUCGCCCGACGAACGCUAUACAUACCAAACAGACAGGGAGGACUAGGACUCCCUAAUUUCACCCAAUAUUUUCACGCGGCACACAUAGCGCAAACAAUCCAACUUCAUGCAGCUCCCGGCCUUAAACGAUGGGUCGACCUGGAACAUAACAUAUUCGGUUACGAUUUUCCCUCCCUAUACAUCUGGCUACCAAAAGAAGCCAGACCACCAGCUCCCUAUACCUCCCCAGCAAUCCUCACAACGAUCAGAACAUGGGAUAAAAUAGUGGCGAAACACAAGCUUAUCUCCCACCCCUCACCCCUGAUGCCCAUCCUCCGGAACACAAAAUUCACACCAGGCAUGUCCCCGAAGGACUUCACUCACUUUGAGGACAAUGACCUAACACGCAUUCACCAAUUCUACCAGAACCAAAGUGUCAUACCCUUUGCAGAACUCCCCCAGCAGACCCCCCUCACCACACGGGACUUCUUCCGAUACCUACAAAUCCGCAGCUUUGUCGAUAAACCUGCCAUACAAAAAGCAAGCACCACUCCCCUCACCCCGCUAGAAAAAGCAUGUAACAACCACCCACUCCACAAAGGACAGAUAUCCUCCCUAUACUCCCUACUAAGCAGGAGCAUGCGAGAAGGUUCAAUGCCCUAUAUGGCAGCCUGGGAGAGGGACCUAGGCCCUAUAGGAGACCAAAGCCAUUGGGCAAGUAUAUGGGAGGCCACAGCAACAAUAUCGAUAUGUGUCAAUCAUAAAGAACAAGCGUAUAAAACUCUUUUCCGAUGGUACCUCACUCCACUACGUUUGCAACAAAUGAAACAAUCCGACAACGACCUCUGCUGGAAGGGGUGCGGGAACAGGGGAACCUUCAUACACACAUGGUGGGAGUGCCCUCGAGUAGCCACGGUGUGGCACCAUAUAGCGCAACUGGCAUCACAGGCACUACACACCACUAUCCCGAUGGACCCAUGGCUGUGGCUCCUUUCCAGGCCCCUCCGAGACACCCCAAGGGCACACAAUAAAUUGAUAGCCAAACUGGCACUAGCCACUAGGCGAGCAAUCGCGGAGAAAUGGGGAAGCCCUGACACCCCACCCGUAGCGCUCAUCCAACGAAAAAUUAAUGAAACCAUGAAGAUGGACAAACUAACCGCCCUGGUACAUGAUACCACUAGACACUUCGACAAGAUAUGGGAACCAUGGAUCUUCGAAUUCCCAACAAUAUAAGGCACUUACUGCCAAGGGAUGCACCAGGCGGGGGGUGGCCCCCGAGGAGGGAAAACCUCAAAGGCCGUCCCGGGAACCACACUUCCCAACCAAAAUGUUCCUUUCCCGGAACCCCCAUCCCCACAGCAAGAAACAACCAAACCGCUCACCCCAACCACACUAGACAAACACAGUCACACCACCCUACACUAGAUCCACCACACACAACCCUCCCCUCCCACAACACGAAAACAGACUGAUCCCCAUGAACCACCCCAAACCCGCCAGCACCAGACCACGAACACUAACCAAACAAGGACAUACGAAAUAUUCAGCCAACGCAAACAAGAGCUCUAACCAGAGCACCUCCAGCAUAGACCACCACCCAGACAGGGGCCCUGGACGCACCUAUCACGAACACCACACCACGCAAACACGACAGGAGGGAAGAACCCCCAGACCACCCCUGACGGAACUCACAACCCCAGACACAAAGCGCAAAUAAGCAUUUCAGACAAAGCCAACAGAGACUACCCACCGCACACCACACAUAGAACAAGGAACACCCACCGAGACCUUGACCAAUACACCCAACCCUGGGCGACAGCCCCUGCAGUCCCUAACUAAAAGCCCAUGGGACAGACCACGGCCGACUCCAGGCCAGAACCGCCCACGCACCAAGGACCCACAAACUAAAAGACACUAAGAGAUGACAGGCCUACUCACCCGGCAAGAAACCCAAAUCCCCCACCAGACCCACCCUCCCCCCCCCCAAUACCACUUCUUACUCCCCCCGAGGAAAACCUCAUAAACACACCGACCAAACAUUGAACCGAAAGACGUAAUACGCACACAACCAGGUAACUUCUGAACCAAAAACAGAUGUGCUAUACCCGCUAAAACUUCACAUACUGCAACAUAGUGCUACAACCAUCUACGAAUAAGACUCCAACUUCUCUCCCGGAGUUGAAACCGCAACAUCACAACACUAGCGAAAGAGAGCACCAGGUAAAGAACAAAAUUAUAUAUCUACCCUACCUUUUUGAAAGCAUUGUAACACAUCAAAGCAACUCAUGAUCUCUAUGAAAGUAUACUUUAUCCCAAGUUUUCUUUUCUGUACCCUACCCCCCAUAUAACUGAAAUUCCAAAAUAAAGAAUUUAUAAAAAAAAAAAUGGCAAAGUACUACUCUGUUUGUGGAUUCAGCAGAAGAUUCUCAUACUGACCAACUCACAGUGAUUUUUCGAUAUUUAGAAGGAAAUCAACCUGCUGAGCAUUUUGUAAUUUUUUUUUUACCCUCAACAAGGCAUAAAGGAGAAGAAAUGGCAGAUGCGCUCUUAGCAUUUCUUAAUAGUGUUGGACUUACCAUACAAGAAUGCCGUGGACAAAGUUUCGACAAUGCAAGCAACAUUUCUGGCCACUACAAGGGUAUGCAAGCAAGAAUUGUAAACAUGAAUAAAUAUGCCAAGUACAUACCUUGUUUUGGACACUUGUCGGAAAGGAUGCUGCAAAUUUGUAUAGUGAGACUAAGGUUUUUUAAAUUUUGUACAAACUCUUUAUACAUUGUUUAGUGGUUCAACUCAGCGCUACAAGAAGCUUAAAGACAAGCUUGACGAGAAAGUCUCUAUGUCCAUGCCAAAAAAGCUAAGUGACAUACGCUGGUCAUAUCGUGCAGAUGCUUGUCAAGCAUUAGUCCACGGCUAUGAAAAUAUAAUGGACAUUUUGUUUGAAUUUUCAACUGACAUUGAGUACCGUACUACCGUAACAGGACUAUUUGAUCAGAUAAGCAAACUUGAGACAUCGAUUUUUGCAGAAUUCUGGAACUGUUUUGCAGCGUUACAACAAGAGCAGUAAAACCCUGCAGUCUGUUCAGCUGAACCUAAAUGUUGCUGUUGGCGUUUUGAAAUCGUUAAAAGAAGCUGGCAAGCGUAUAACAAAUGCUAAAGAGUAUAUUGUGGAACACCGCUGUCAACGUCCGUCAGCAGCCACUUGA